ACCCGCACGGAGGCAUAUUACGUUGAACGAAUCUGAGAAAUCGAACUCAGUCGCUCGCUGCACUGUGUCUUGUCCUUCGGAUCUGCCAAUGGGUGCUGUUGGUUUCAUCGCGUUGACGUUGGGGGCACUCUUCUUCUUCAAAGCUUUCGAUUUCACUUUCUGGGUCUCCUUCUUCUGCUUCAUUUGAUUCCCCACUUCACCGUGCUCCUUCAAAAUCGCUUACCAUGAAGAAGAAGCUCGAUACCCGUUUCCCUGCUGCUCGGAUAAAAAAGAUAAUGCAAGCAGAUGAGGAUGUUGGAAAGAUAGCCCUCGCUGUGCCUGUUUUAGUUUCUAAAGCUCUAGAGCUAUUUCUGCAAGAUCUUUGUGAUCGCACUUAUGAAAUAACUCUCCAAAGAGGAGCAAAAACCAUGAAUUCGUUGCAUUUAAAACAUUGUGUACAAAGCUAUAACGUCUUUGACUUUCUGAGAGACGUAGUCAGCAAAGUUCCUGACUACAGCCAUGGCCAUGGCCAUUCUGAGCCUAGUGCUGAUGAUCGGACCAUUCCGAAAAGAAGGAAAGCUGCUGGUGAUGACUGUAAUGACAGUGAUGAAGAGGUGAAGAGAGGCAAGAUGCCCGAGUUGAGCCACACUGGCAGUACUGGUAGGGGUAGAGGCCGAGGUAGAGGAAGAGGGCGUGGUCGAGGCCGAACAGCUGUGCGAGAGACACCCCAUCAGGCAGUUGAACCUGAGCCAUGUGCUUCUGUUCAGCAGGGCAUCCAGCAUGACACAAAUACAGACAUGACAAUACAUGAUAGUUCAGAGACAAAGGAGUUACCAAAGGAGAACGCUGCAGUUCCUGCUGAAAGCGCAGAGUUCCAUAAUCUUGAUCUGAAUGCCAACACCAACGAAAACGAGGACAAAAAGGCAAGCACAACAGCUAAACAGGAGAUAUCAGAACCUCCAACAGAGAGCCAGCAUGAAGAAAUUCCGGGUUGGUCACUAUCAGAUGUGGACAAGAUGGCUAUUGACUCUGUGCAGCUUGCAAACCUUGGUACGCACAUAGAAGAGGAUGAAGAAGAUUAUGAUGAGGAAGGGUAAAUAAUAUCAUCUAUUAGUUAUUAGUUAGUUAAAAGCUCAUGGACAAUUAUGAGUAUCCACUAGCUGUCGAAACAUGUCCCAUGCUUUUGGCUGAAAAAAAAAAGUGAUCUUGAUGUCCUUUUCAAGAAAAAAAUUCAAUAUGGUUUAUCCAUGUUAGCCUAUGUUCACGUCAUGUGUAGCUUAUGUAUGUUAACCAGUUAUGUUAGCUUUGUGUACUUGUUGUAGGCCUAUAAUGUAUAUCAAAGUUCCAUAUGGAGUUGAUUUUAUGCAUCAAAACUUAGUUUAAUAUAAUUGGGAAUAACCAUAAAA